AUGGCCUCAAUCAUUAGGUCCUUUACUGAUUAUAUCCUCUACCAGCCCGAGCCAUCACUGCCAAAUGGCUUUCUCAAAAUUACUUCCGUGACCUCUCAAAAACUGGGCGAUCUUGGCCCUACAUUCUCUUCUCCUCUGGUCGUUUCUCCCGCCACCAACAAGCGAAAAAGCUCCGAACUCGAUGAUUCCAAGCAUACUCUUCGCCCUCCGAUCACUCCCCCUCAACCCAGGAUCCCCGAAGGCAACCAACACUUUAUCGUGGAAAUUCCAAGUCCUUCUCUCUCUUUAGACCAAUACGUCAAGGUCCAACCUAAACAUGAUGGUCUAUCCGAAAAGUACUACCCGGUCGAGUCCAUCGAACGGAGUAAAGCCUUUGACCGCCGGUAUCCAUACAAACGGACUGUUAAGCGCAGUCUUGUUCCUCUGUCUGCGGAUAUCGGUGAUCAACACGGUCGAGAUUUUAGAUCUGAAGAUCUGGAAACUAUCCAAAGGGCAUCUCUGACUCACAGUCUCUCGCGCCUUCAAGCUGACGGCCCGGAGGUAUUUUUUAAUAUUGAGAAGCAAAAUCUCUUUCUGCUUGCUGCGUCCAAUUUCGGCUUUGUUAAAGAUUACAUCCUAAGAGAUAACGUCCAGCCCGUCCCAGAAGCUUUCAAUUCCGGUUGUGAAUGCGCAGGAGGCGCAUGUGAGCCUGAUAAAUGCAGUUGUCUUGCCACGGAAGAGGAUUCGGAAGAAUUGAUCGUCCCGUAUCAAUUGGGGAAGAUGGCACUCGAUCCCCACUUUUUAAAACGCAAAUCUAUGAUUUAUGAAUGUAAUCAUCGAUGCGGCUGCCGUGGUAAUUGUCGAUUCAACGUCACUCAACGUGGCCGAAGAUUCCGUCUAGAGAUCUUCCAUACCGGUAACCGCGGAUUCGGUCUUCGUUCCCCAGAUGAUAUCCAAGUUGGGGAAUACCUCGACCGUUACCUCGGUGAGGUAUUGACAAAAGAAGAAGCCGACCAGCGAGAAGACGACCAGAAGAUUUCCUAUCUUUUCGGCCUUGAUUUCAUGGUUGGCUCAACCGAUAUCUCAGAGCAGGAGAUCUAUGUUGUGGAUGGGCAGAAAUUCGGCAAUGCCACCCGUUUUAUGAACCACUCUUGCAAUCCGAAUUGCAAGAUUAUCCCCGUCUCGAUCAACCACGGCGACGAAAAACUGUAUUAUCUCGCCUUUUUCGCCCUCCGCUACAUUCCUGCAGGAACAGAGUUGACCUUUGACUACAACCCGGGCUUUGACAAAAAAGAGAAAAUGUCCUCCGGCGCUGUCAAGUGUCUCUGCGGCGACAAGAGAUGCCGCGGCCAACUUUGGCCAAAUGCAAGAAAGCAGAACCAGCAGGGUGUCUCGGCUGACACUUCAGCCAGUUCCAGCUCCUCUGACGAAUCAUGA